UCUUCCAGUCCUCCUCGCAAACGUAUCAAGCUAGAGUCACCUUCACCACCAGAGACUCAAUACGAAGAGGAAAAUAACUGCAGUAUAUGCCUGCAGUCCCUCGUAGACCGGACCGUCAUCCCUACUUGCACGCACGAGUUUUGUUUUGAUUGUCUGGUUGUUUGGACUGGUGAGGGGAUUUUCUUUUCAUGUGUACCAAGACUUAUGAUGUGCGAUUUAUGGAAAUCAAGGAAGUGCCCUUUGCGCACUCAGACGAUCGGGGAAUACCUAAUUCAUCGGAUUCGCUCGCUGUAUGAUUAUCAGAAGCACUAUUUGGCGCCUCUGUCAAAGCCAGGAUUAUUGCCGUCACGGGCUGCGCAGGACCCGGGACAGGAAGUACGAAGACGAAGGUGUAGGAGGGAGUGGAGUAGACGAAAUCAGGACGAGGCAGAUAAGUUGGAGCGGUCUAUAGAGAAACGGCGGUGGGUGUAUGAACAUGGGCUUUACGCGAAGCAUGUAGCCUCGAAUGGAUAUACAAAAUACCGGCCAUACCCCACACCAGCCCAGUUCGCCGCGAGCCAGGAGAUGGUGAGCAAGACGAUAAUGUUUCUGAGGCGCGAGUUGCGGGUGUGGGACGAUUUGGAUGUCGAGUUCUUCACGACGUUCACGAUAUCGCUCAUGAAAUCCAUCGAUAUACGCUCCGAAUCAGCUGUGAAGCUAUUGGCGGAAUUUUUGGACAUGGAUACGGGUGGAAGGGUUAUGGCAGAGCACUUCGCACAUGAGGUCUAUGCAUAUGUAGGGUCGCCUUUCAAGGACCUCUUCGUGUAUGACAGCGUCCUUCAAUACGACGCGCCUCCCCAUGUCAGUUCGCCGCCAAGACAGAGACCAAGACGAUGGCAAGACGUUGACGAGCACCCUCGCCAGAGCUCCAGGUCCAGAUCCAGCUCUCCGACCCCUUGCAACCAUCUCGCACCGUCUUCGCCUCGAGAUUCCAGAUGGCGCGAAGGUGACAUCUCGCCUGUACAUUCCAUAUCCUGGUCACGGUCAGGUCCACAUCAUCCCAGUGCGAGCAGAGGGUCGUCUCCUUCUCCAGCUCGAGCGACUAUAUCGGAUGACGUAGACACACCUGCCUCGAUUACCGAUAUCGUUGAACCGCCUAGACCUGCUGACGUGAAGGGGUAAUCAAGAGCUAGUGACGAACCCCUUGGUGAUACUCCGA